AUGUCGCAAGAAACGAAUCCGUCUGAGAGGGUCGCGCCCCCAGCAAGGUCCUCUUCGCCGAAGAUGUUCACCUGUGCGGUGGCGGGAUGCGGCGCGCGCUUUCGAAAACCUGCACAUCUCAGGCGCCACGCAUCGGUCCAUACAGAGGAGCGGCCCUUCAACUGCCCUUUCUGCUCCGCGUCAUUCAAGAGAGACGAACACCUUCGGCGGCAUGUAGCGAUUCUCCACCACACAGACGGCAAGCUGGUGCUUCCUGAGGACCCGCAGGGGACUUCAGCUUCAAGUACCUCCAAAUCUGCCCGCGACCUGCAAGUCCCUCUUGCUCAGACACCGAUAUCUUCGGGGGGGCGAGAAUCUGACAGAUGUCACCUGUCGGUCUGCCCAGGCAGAGCAGAAACAGAGGACGAAGACGACGAACGCCUGCGGGCGGCGCAGAGAUGGAGGCGCGCCGUGCCGGCAUUGGAAACUGGAGGCCGAGAGGCGGAGCCUCUGCCGCAUGAGGCGUGUUCGGACGAAACAAGGCAGACGCAGGAACACAGACGCACAGGCAGUCGCUCUGAGCCAACGGACCAAACAGAGGAAAGGCGUUUGAGCGCCGCGACGCCACCCAUCGAGAGCUUAGCGCCUUAUUCGCCAGCCACAGGCGAGCGCGGCUCGAGGUCUUUCGUGUGUGAGAAGUGCGGAAAGUCUUUCCGGUUGAAGCAACACCUUCGCCGACACGAGAAGAGCCACGUGGGGCGUCACACGUGCGACCAAUGCGGCGCAGUCUUCGCCAAGAAGCACCAGAUCAGGUGGCACAAAAUGGAGCACAUCCUGACGGAGGGCGUCCGGCGAAAAAAAGAAAAUGCAGAAUGUGCGAAGAGGGCCGCAGAGAAACCGAACUCCGAGGACGCCAGUGGAGAGGCGCACGAGGCAGCGCCCCUCACGCCCACGAGUCCAGAGAAGCUUGGCCGCAGUGAAUCAGAUGAAUCUGUCCAGGGCGUGGGAUUUCCCUGCCCGCACAAGGACUGCGACAUGAUCUUCUUCACUCGCGGCCAACUAUACAGACACCUGAGGAGAGUGCGCGAAAGGUCCUGCGACUAUACAUGCGAGACUUGCUCGGAGACGUUUGUCCGCUUCUCGUCGCUCGUGGCUCACCGACGGACUGUGCACCCGACAAACGUCCACGUCUGUGAAACUUGCAAUAAACGUUACGCAAGGAUCUCGCGACUCCGAGAGCACAUCCGGAAGCGCCACGCCGCCGAAGACCGUUGGCUAGCAGGCGACGAGCCCGAUGGAGACCUAAACAAGGCCAUCGAGGACCCGCAAGACCGGUGGUAUUCUUGUCCCGAGCCGAGCUGCGCGGCUUUUUUUUCCACCGCGAGCAACAUGCGCGCGCACUACCGCGUGAAGCACCUUCGGUUGCGAGCUUUCAGCUGCGAAGUAUGUGGGGCGUCUUUCGGCUUCAAGGCCGUUCUCAGGCGGCACCUGAUCAAAAUUCACGGCGUCCGCCCCCCGCGGUCCGGCGGCCCCUUGUCGCCCGCAGUGCCUCCGAGUGUCGCGCUGCCGGUUCGCGGUCCGGAGCAAGACUGUGCUUCGUGGAGCUUGCCCGAGGGGUGCCAGGCAAGUUUGCAGGCGCCGAGUUCGCACCCGCCGCCCUCUUCUUCGGCCCUGAUCUCAUCGCCAGCUUCUUCUGCUGCUUCGUGGCCUCCUGGCGGCGCCGCGCGAACCGCAUCGCCGGACGAGGCGGGAAUUCCGCCGCACCAGUCCUCAGGCGACGGAAGCCUCUUGGAGACCUGUGGGGCGGCGCCCGCACCGUCUCCCCCACAGCCUUCGAUAUGCUUCUCGGGCAACGCGAGAACAAGCUCUGGGGCUUCUAGUUUUUCUUCCGCACCGAGCCAGGGCGAGGAAACCGGCGCGGCCGCGGCGGGCGAGGGGGAAGGGCGCGAAGCAGUGGAAGGGCACGAGAGGGAAAGAGCUCGCCACCAGAGGUCCGCGAAAGGCCACCGCAGGGAGAAAAAGAGGAGAGUUUUGCUGCCAGACUCCGAGCGCGGAGACACUUCUUCACAUCAGGGUGAGGCGGCGGGAUGGGUCGUCGACGCCGUGCAGGUGGGCCUGCUGUCAUCCAUGGGGUGA